CCUCCCUGCUCGGCUCUGCUCCGCCGGGCUCUGGCAUGCAGCGAUGCUGUAGAUGCAGCAGACUGGUACAGACACUGUUUGAUACUUGAAUGCAGCAGCCGGGGAGGAUAACAACAUCCUGACAGACACUGAGGAGAGGACAACGAUACUUCACUGGACAGCAGCCAACACACAGAGCUGGUAUGGACAAUAAGGCGCUGGAACCUGACUCUGUGAGCAUCCCCAUGGAGGAGGGCAUCAUGUGUAACGGAGACGGACUUCAGCCUCAGCAGCAGCAGCAGCAGCAGCAGGAGCCGUCCAUGCUGACCCACCUGAAGAAGGUGGAGAACGAGAUCACCGAAGCGCAGCGUUUCUCCCACCUGCCCAAACGCUCGGCCGUGGACCUGGAGUUCAUCGACCUCUCCUACACCAUCCAAGAGGGCCCAUGCUGGAGGAGGAGAGGUUUCAAAGCCUUACUGAAGUGCCUGUCCGGGAGGUUCUGCAAUCGGGAGCUGAUCGGUAUCAUGGGGCCCUCAGGGGCCGGGAAGUCCACCUUAAUGAACAUUCUGGCUGGAUACAGGGAAACAGGGAUGAAGGGUCAGAUCCUGGUCAAUGGUAAACCCAGGGACCUGAGGAAAUUCAGGAAAAUGUCUUGCUACAUCAUGCAGGAAGACAUGCUGCUGCCACACCUCACUGCACGGGAGGCCAUGAUGGUUUCAGCGAACUUGAAGCUGGAUGAAAGUGUGGAUGUAAAGAAAGCUCUGGUGAACGAGAUCCUGACCGCCUUGGGGCUCCUCGACUGUGCUCACACCCGCACCAGCUCGCUGUCGGGAGGUCAGUGUAAACGUCUGGCCAUCGCCCUCGAACUGGUCAACAACCCUCCGGUCAUGUUCUUCGACGAGCCCACCAGUGGCUUAGACAGUGCGUCGUGCUAUCAGGUGGUCUCACUAAUGCGUUCUCUGGCGCUGGGAGGACGGACCAUCAUCUGCACCAUCCACCAACCUAGUGCCAAACUCUUUGAGAUGUUUGACAAGCUUUACAUCCUCAGUCAGGGACAGUGCAUCUACAAAGGCACAGUCCCGUACCUCAUCCCCUACCUGAAGAGCCUGGGCCUGUACUGUCCCACCUACCACAACCCUGCAGACUUCGUCAUUGAAGUGGCGUCAGGAGAGUACGGAGACCUGAACCCGGUGCUGUUCGAGGCGGUCCAAGGUGGAAUGUGCGCAUUAGAGGAGAAGAAGAACCAGUGUGGUAACAAUGGCACAUCAGUCUGUGCAGGGAAAUACCCCAAGGACGCUGGACACAUAGAGAGACAUACUUUUGCCACAAGCACGCUAACACAGUUUUGUAUCCUCUUCAAGAGAACCUUCAUAACAAUAUGCCGAGACCAGGUUUUGACCCACCUCAGACUGAUGUCCCACAUCUCCAUAGGUGUGUUAAUAGGUUUGCUCUAUCUGAACAUUGGCAAUGACGCCAGCAAAGUCUUUAACAACACCGGCUUCCUCUUCUUCUCCAUGCUUUUCAUCAUGUUCGGUGCGCUCAUGCCGACCGUGUUAACCUUUCCUCUGGAGAUGUCUGUGUUCCUGAGGGAGCAUCUUAACUACUGGUACAGCCUGAAGGCCUACUACCUGGCCAAGACCAUGGCGGACAUCCCCUUUCAGGUUAUCUGCCCCAUCAUGUACUGCAGCAUAGUGUACUGGAUGACAGAGCAGCCUCCUGAGGCCAGCCGCUACCUGCUCUUCAUCGCCCUGUCCACCUGCACCGCCCUGGUAGCCCAGUCGCUAGGCCUGCUGGUUGGGGCCGCGUCCACCUCACUACAGGUAGCCACAUUUGUAGGACCUGUCACGGCUAUCCCAGUGCUGCUGUUCUCUGGAUUCUUCGUGAACUUCGACACCAUCCCCAAGUAUCUGCAGUGGAGCUCCUAUGUGUCGUAUGUCAGGUACGGGUUCGAAGGGGUGAUCCUGUCCAUCUACGGGAUGAACCGUUCAGAGCUGGAGUGUCCGGGGAAGGCGUGUAAGUUCCAGCAGCCUGAGGAGGUCCUGCAGCUGUUGGACGUGGAGGACGCAAAGCUCUACAUGGAUUUCAUUGUGCUCGGCAUUUUCUUCAUCAUCCUACGACUGGCCACCUACCUUGUCCUCCGCUACAAGGUCAAGUCUGAGCGAUAGGUUUCAUUUGGCUCGUCUUCUGAAAACUAAAGGCCCCUUUCUUUCUAUGCACAAAAAACAAAACAAAAAAACAACCUCUGUCAUGUGGGAAUUUGUUUCAUUUCAUUUCAACACAUUGCUGCUAAAAAAAAAAAAGAAAAAAGGACAGAGCAUAAAUCCUGAUCUGUUAUCCUGCCAGCAGCCGUGGAGGGCAGUGACUGACGAUGCACAGCAGUGAGGAGUCGUCUUAGAAACCAACAUACACCUGUUUUACCUCAGACACCAGAACUUAACUUCUUGCACACAAAGCCAGAUCAGUCAUGAAGGAGGGCAAACACACUGAGCCACACUCAGCAGCAGAUACUGUACAUUUCAUAUUCCUGCAAGACAGAAAUGUUUUAAGGCAGAUGUGCAAAUACAAACAGUGUUUACAUUCCUCUAUUAGCCAAAAAAAAAAACAACCUGAGGACAAACUGUUGCGCUGGAGGAUAAAGUGUGAAGUAUUGUGCCUGAGAGAGUGAAAAUGAAUUAAAGUUUUUCAGUGAUAAUCAUGGGAUCAUUAUAUCUGUACACUGGAUGAAAGCAGUUUUUGUUCUUCUUGUUGUUGGAGUCCAAAGCAUUUAUUUCCUGUUUAUCAAUUUAAUCAUUGUUUGAGCUCAAUAGUUUUUUUUUAACAUGUUGAUAGUUGUAAAUUAAGCUCCGUCAUGAUUACCUACCAAAAUUGGGUAUUUUUUUCUACUUCCAUAAUAUAAUCUAAAAUCAUAGUUGAAAUAAAUAUUGCUCAGCCUUAAUAAUUUUAUACUGUGCUGUAUUAUCUUUAGUAUUAUAUGCAAUAUAAAUGUAUUUAAGCAAGAAUAGAUGAAUUAACUGAACUGUAUCAUUAUUAUUUUUUUGUUUCCACACUUCAUCCAGUAAUGUCACAUGGAAGCAACAAGCUCAUGCAGUCAUAUUUGGUGCUAUGUGAAGUUUCAUGUUUUAUUUGAAUUAUUAUGGAGAAAAAAAUGACGUGUGUGGACUGCACAGUGAGGAUGGAGGGGACUCGGAGAACGACCAAAGAGAAUUAAGUGUAAGGAAGUACGGUGUGUGUGUGCGUGUGUGUGUGUGUGCGUGUGUGUGUGUGUGCGUGUGUGCAUGUGCAUGGGGUGAGCCCAGCAACCAUGCAAAGAUAACUCAUUAUUGCCACUUGUGAUCUCAGUCCUCCACACUGGAGGUAGAGUCGUCCACAAAUCAGAAGGUCAGAGGUCACCAAGUGUCACUGGGCAGGAUACCGAACCCCAAAUUGUCCUCGAUGUAUCAUUGGUGUGUAUGAAUGUGAAUGAAUGGGUGAAUGUGGCUUGCAGUGUAAAGUGCUUUGAGUGGUUGAUACAGAAUAUAAGUGCAGUCCAUUCACAUACAAAAUAAAUAGCUAGUUCUUUUUUCACUGUUACUAAUAAACUUGUU